CUCUAAACACAGCAUGUUCGAAAGCAUCCAAAUCAAGAUCCAAAAUGACCGACGAGAUGAAUUCGAGCAUAUGUGAUGCUAUUCAAAGAGAACGAAACAUCCCGGAAGAAGUCGUGUCCAGUCGAGUGACGGCUAUGCUCAACGCUAAUUCCUUCUACGGCAUCACUCACUCCCAGUCAUAGCAACGCCUAUUCGCCCUCUCCCAUAGAAACGCCUACCCACUCUCACUCCACCCCACAUCAACCCAACCCAUCACGCCGCUCCACCACAACAAUGGGCCAGUCCAAAGACCUCCCGAACGGCAAGCUACAGCUAGUUCUCAGUUACUUCCGCACAACCCGCGUCGCGCACACCCUCAAGGACCUCGAGAAAUCCCUCCCCCCUGCAGCUGGGAUCUCCGGGAUGCUGGUGAAAGAGUACAUCGCAGCACUAGUUGCAGAGAGUCUCAUCAGCGUUGAGAAAAUCGGUUCCGGAAACUGGUACUGGAGUUUCCCCGCCGACGCGGUACGGCAGAAGCUGAACCUCCUCGCUGAGGCGACGAAGGAGAGGGAUAAGGCAAGGGCGGCGUUAGAGAACGUGCAGGCGAUGAUGCAGGAGGAGAAGGAGAGAAUUGCUGGGGGCGAGGGAGGCGGCGACAGGCUUGAGCUGGUGGAUAGGUUGAGGGAGGCUGAGGACAGAAGGGAGGCGGCUAGGGAGGAGUUGAAGGAGAUUAGGAGCACUAAGGGAGCGGAGGUGGCGUUGAGUGAGAAGGAAAAGCUGAGGCUGAGCGUGAAUGAGAUGAUCGAUAAUAUCUACGCGCUCGAGAAGCUCCUCAAGGAUAGUGGCAAGGAACAGGAGGUGAUUGAUAAGAUCCGCCAGACUUUGGGGAUCGAGGAGGAGCUUGAUUACAUGGAUUGAUGGCGCUGGGAUGGGUGGUAAUCCAUUGAUGGCGGGGUUUUCGACGUUUGGUUGGAUUCGAUUUGAUUCGCUUUGCUGAUUUGAUUUGCGGGGAAAUAUUGGUCAUGCGUUGUGUCUGGAAUGAAUAGAAUCUCAAGGAACCCAUGGACGCUGGAAAUACCUAUUACUUCUCUCCAAAGCCUCCG